GGUCCAUUCGCAUAUUCUGCAUAAUUUAACUGGACCUCAAUCAAAUUGUUUUCAUUUAUUAGUUGGGAUCCAAUCAAAUUGUUUAAGGCGGCUAUAAUAAUAAUAAAAUAAAAAAGAAAAUGGAUUUGGUUGCAUCUAUAUAAGAAUAUGCAAGCUACUAAAGUUUGACUCACCAACAACAAUACCACCUGUUGGUUUCUACAGAGACAGAGAGAACAGAGCAGUUCAAGUUACUACCAAUGGCUACUAAAGUUUACAUUGUUUACUAUUCUAUGUAUGGACAUGUUGGAAAGCUAGCUGAAGAGAUCAAAAAGGGAGCUGAUUCUGUAGAAGGUGUUGAAGCAAAACUCUGGCAGGUACCUGAAAUAUUAGCAGAAGAGGUACUUGGGAAGAUGGGAGCACCUCCAAAGAGUGAUGUUCCAAUUAUUACACCAAAUGAGCUCACUGAAGCUGAUGGUUUGUUGUUUGGUUUUCCAACAAGAUUUGGAAUGAUGGCUGCACAAUUCAAAUCAUUUUUGGAUGCAACUGGAGGCCUAUGGAACAAACAGUCACUUGCAGGAAAGCCUGCUGGCAUCUUUUACAGCACUGGUUCUCAAGGAGGUGGCCAAGAGACUACACCGUUGACAUCUAUUACUCAACUUGUUCACCAUGGAAUGAUAUUUGUGCCAGUUGGAUACACAUUUGGAGCUGGCAUGUUUGAGAUGGAGAAGGUGAAAGGUGGUUCACCUUAUGGUUCAGGAACAUAUGCAGGGGAUGGCUCAAGACAGCCUAGUGAGUUAGAAUUGGCUCAAGCUUUUCAUCAGGGGAAGUACUUUGCUGGAAUUGCUAAGAAGCUCAAGGGACCACAAUGAUUUAUGUCCUUCAUAUCUUUCAUUAAGUAUUAUGUAUCCACUUAACAUAUUGUCAUUUAUAAUUAUGUAUCCUCCAAUAUAAUAAAUGAGUGAGAGAAUAAAUUGCAUGUGCUGAAUAUAAUCAUUGUCACUGCUUUUGAUAUUUAUUAAACCAAUCCUAUCCUAUCUUAUACGAUAAA